GUAACCGAGUUGUCGUCCGCAUGUUGCGCGGAAUAAAUAGAUUUUUGUUUUAGAGUGGUAUCCUAAUUAUUAAUAGAUAACAUAAAGCAAUUGAAAAUAUAAUUACAGCUAUUUUAAUUUAAAACUAUGUGUGCGUUUUAUCAGUGAUGAUUAUUAGGGACACAAUCAGUGCAAUAUAGUUGUCAAAGUCGAUAUGACGUCUUUGAGUGGACCAAAUAUCAACAAACACGCCGCUAUGUCUACAGCUCAGCUGGGAAGCGGAAACCAACCUGCAAACUUCGGUAUGGCUGUUGCAGUGCCUCCACCGCAAGCCAUGCCUGUUGGAUAUCCACUGCACACAGCUAGCUGCAGCGAUUCUUCAUCAGAAUCCCAUUCUCCUGAAAUGCCAUCAGCCAAAGCCAGUGAUCGAGAAUCGAGGAUUAUUGCAGAGAAACAACGGAGAAGUCAAUAUAAUUCUCAUAUAACACAAUUAACUGCACUGUUAUCAGAUAUUGUUCAUGCUCCCCGAAAAGUAGACAAAACAAGCGUGCUAAGACUCGCCGCAAAUAAGCUACGCAAUGAGCAUGUAUUUGGAGAUACUAUUAAAUGCGGCCACAUUGAGACAUGGUCCUCAUCUUUCGUCAGGUUUUUUGAUCUGUUCGGCAGUAUAUUGUUUUCUGUUACUUGCCGUGGAAGAAUAUUCCUUAUAUCUCCAAAUGUGCAAGAAAAGUUAGGUUACUGUCAUGUUGAUCUCUUGGGACAAGAUUUCUACAAUUAUGUCCAUAAUGAUGACCAAAAUAUUCUACGACAACAUAUUUACCCUCCAGAACUACGCAGUGGCUGUGAACCGAGACUUUUUGAGCAGCAUCAAAAUUUUCAUAUUCGGAUAACGCGGGCUGGGGCAAAAGCCGAUCCACCUCGUUAUGAGCAUUGUCGUAUAGAUGGUGUGUUAAGGCGCUCUGACCAUGCUACAGCAAAUGGAGUUCAGGAUCAACAAAUUAUCAGAAGGCAGCGUGUGAGAAGAAUUCGUACUUUUUCAUCUAGUGGCAAUGAUUUUGUUUUUAUUGGCAUGAUAAAAGUUUUAUCAAACUCCUUGCCAACUCAGAUUUUACCUCCAACUGCUUAUUCAGAGUAUUGGACGAGACAUUUAGUUGAUGGACGAAUUGUACAAUGCGAUCAAAGUAUAUCUUUGGCUUUAGGGUACAUGACAGAAGAAGUCACUGGCACAUCUGCAUUUGUAUUUAUGCACAAAGAUGACGUAAGGUGGGUAAUAUGUGUUUUGAGACAAAUGUAUGACCAAAGCAGGGAAUUUGGUGAGUCUUAUUACAGGCUGAUGUCUCGAUCUGGUCAUUUUAUUUAUAUGAGAACACGUGGAUUCUUGGAAAUAGACAAAGAUUCAAAGAAAGUUCAAAGCUUUGUGUGCGUCAACAGUGUUGUUGGAGAAGAUUAUGGUCGGCAAAUGAUGGAUGAAAUGAAACGCAAAUAUUCUGUCAUUGUGGACAUGGCUAAGCAAGAACCAGAGAAUGUAGACUUUAUAGAUGAAGCUCCUGUAGAGCAUCCCAAACGGUUGGAGAGAAUUGUAAUGCAUCUGGUUGAGCCAUCAGGUGGUGAUAGCGCUGAUGAAUUAAAAUUACUGCCACCUUCAAAAGAAAACAUAAUUUCUGCUAUCAAAAAUAGUGAAAAGGUUGUUCAAGAAACUGGAGUGAGGUUCGAUUCACGUAAAAGAAAAAAUCCGGAUAGUGAUAAUAGUGACCACUUAAAACGGCACAGUGGAUUGCAGGACUACAGCCACUUCUGAUCAGUGACAGACUCAUUGUAAGUUUUGUGAUUUUGUGUUCCUACAUAAAUAAGUUUUGUUACUAGUCUGAAUUAACAGACGCAUAGAAGUGUGACCAAAUUGUUGAUAUUAACUAAUGAAUUUAGAAAAAGAAGUGUUUUUAUGUUUUAUCAUGUUUGGUCAUUGCUGAUGAAUAAAUCUCAACGACAUGACUGUUAAUCAUAGGUAAUGGCAUGUUACUGGGGGUAUGGAUACAAAUAACAACAACAGAUAUAGGAGUGGUGGAAGGGCAAGUUAUUUUUGGGAUGCUGAAAUAAAAGGGCCUAUUACUAAUAAAACAAUAAAAACUAGUGAUAAAUUAAUGUCAGGAUCACUUGAAAUUAUGGUACAAGUUUUUCAACAAUUGCUGCUGACUUAGCAAUGAGUAUUAUUUUUUUUUAAAUUGACCUAUUAUGAAUGCAAUUUUUUUUAUUUCAUAUAAAACAUAACUUGAAUGAAAUACUAUUGCAAAUAUAUUUUUUUAUUUCAAUUUACAAAGCAGUUUCUCACCAAAUCAUGUGAAUUCUAAUUUCACAAUACUCUUUUAUCUGGCCCUGUUUGAAGUUGCCCUCUACUCUCCUAUUAUUCAUUAAAAAAACUUGUUUAUUUUAUCAAUAAAAUUAUUUUACAGUACUUGAUAGUACACUAGUUUGACAAUAGUUAUUAAAAUUGACAUGAUUAAAGAGAAAUAUAAAAAUGAAGGUAUUAAAUACUAUUGAAAAAAGUAUUCUAACUCUAACCAAGUAGUUAAAUAAGCGUAACUUGCUGAAAUAAUAACACAUAGCUAUGGUAAACACUUUUUACUAAAACUUUGUAAUUUUUUCUGCAAAACCUGCUGUAAGCGAAUACUUUAAUUCAUAUUUUCUUCACUUUCCAAAAUGUUCAUAUCGUAAACCUUCGGAGAGACCAAAAAAAUAUGUCAAUUUUAGUAAUACAUACGGUAAAUAUCAUUUUAUUUAUUUUUUACUCUAUACAGUAGGUAAUUUUUUUUGCAGUAAGUAUCUACAAAAUGUUAUUUACUGUGUUUGUAUAUAUAUAUUAUAUGUGCCAAAUAAAGGACACGGACCUCCGUAUCAUUUAUGCCAAUGUUUAGUAUAAUGUUAGCAUGUGGUAAGGAAAUUUGGAUAGGUGCAGUGGUUUGGUACAAAAGUAAGAUCCUGAGGUAUCAAAGCCAGAAGAUGUGCACUUGCAAAGCAUAUUAAUUAUUUUGGCGAAAUUUAGCUGUGUUACAAAUGUGUAUUAAUCUUGCUAUAAGUAGGUAUACCCUAACUAAUGUUUGUCCCUGGUGGAAUUUAAACCCGCUAAUCCGCUAUGCGAAUCAGCAGGCGAGAAUUAGAUGGCACAGCUAUUGGUCUUGGUAACUACUGGCUUUCUACAAAGCAAUACUUGUAUCUCUUGCGAAUCCAUGAUCAACUGAUAACAGUACCUGUACUUGGUAUUGUUAUGCACACCAUUUGUACAUUUGCUUUUAUCUGUUAAGUGUUAAUAUGUCUCUGCCUCUACUUUUAUCGCCAUCUGUACCUACCAAAUUAUGAAAGUAGGGGUAUAAUGUAAGAAGAUGUUGUUGUUUUUUAGGAAAGUAUUUGAAGUGUUUGAUACAAUUGUUAUUGAUGUACAAUCUUUAAUAUGAAUAAAGCCUAUUAUACAUACGUCCUACUGCGGGGCUUAGGCCUCUACCCAACCAUGGGGUAGUUUAUCAAUUAAGUCAAAGGUUUUAUUUCCAAUGAAAUAUUGGUGUUAAUAGGCUUCUUCAAUAAUUAAAUAAGUAAAUAAAUAUGACACAAAGUUCAAUACUACAUUUUUGAAACACUAAUUUAAGUUACUCGAAAGUAAAUAAUUGCCUAGUUUAAAUAUUAUUCCAUUUUCUUAUUAAGUAAUGUGGACAGUGGCAAUUUAAACCUACUUAUGCCUAUCAUUUCAUCAAUUACCUACUGAGAUAUCAAUAAAUUAUAAAAAAUAAUUGUCCUAAUUUUAUACAAUCAUUGAUAAAAUUAAAUUUUGUUGUCACAUAAUAUGCUACUAUUACUAUCUUGAUAAUAUCUGUUUGUGUCAGGGUUGUAAAAAUCAUGAUUUUUAUUAGAUUAUGCAAUCAUUGCGUCAGUUUUACUUGCGAAAAACAUUUUUAUUUAGGUAGAAUGAAGGUCUAAUAGUGCUGGAAAUGCCGCCAAAAAAAGUAAAUUAUGUGUAGAUUAGGAUGGUUUGUUAUACCUACAUAUUUUUUUUGGAAACAAAAAAAAAACUGUUCGUCAAAAACAGCUUGUCUUAAGUGAUGUCCAUUUCCAUUAUAAAAAUACGAAUAUCUUUUUACUAGUAUAAAUUUUCGAAAAUCAUGAUUUCAAUCAUAUAACCCUGGUUAAUGUAAGUAUUAAAUACAAUUAAUAAAUAAUCAAAUUACUGUCUCUUACAUAAGUCACAACCUAUUUGUAAUCUUAGGGUUUCGAACUCCUCGAAAAAAUACAGGUUGUAAUGUAUUUAUGAGUGUGCAAUAUUUUGGUGAGUUUCUGCUUAAAUAUAUUUGACCUGUGUUGUUAUUUUAGAAAAUAAUAAAGUCCGCUUAAAAAAGAACAAUUAAAUAUUGUUAAAUCUACUUCAUGGCGGGUUCAAUUUAAUAUAGGACUGAUGAAAGUGUGACCAGUUUUUCUGACUGAUAACAAAAUUAUGGAGAUGUCUGUAACUUUUGGAUAAUUCUAUUAACUUAUUCCUUAGCUAUGUUGAGUGGUAAAACACGAAAAAGUGGAUAGGCUAGUUAGCACAAGAAAAUGUUGUACUUUUAAAUAAGUGGAAAUUCGUUAAAUGUAGUUGUAAGAUUAAUAGUAGAUAGGCAUCUAUCGAGUUACUAAAUAAUCAAAUGAGAUACAAUGUUAUCUAUCUGAGUAAAGUGAUUUGACAUGUGAAGUAAUAGAAUUAUUAAGAUAUAAGAACAAUCUCAAUCUUCUGACUGAAUCUAAUAGAUUUCUUUUUCAAAAACAGUUGACUUUUAAAUAAAAUCGGCCUCAAUAUUUUUGACGUAAAUUAGGCAGAGCCUAAGCUAGAUAGGUAGGUAGGUACUUACCUAUUUAAAAAUAUUGAGUGGAAUAGAUAUUUUCAGCAAAAGCAAAUCAACAACAAAAACAACACUGAGAAAAUUGAUAAAAAAAGAAAAAAUGUGACUCGGGGGUUUAAUUGAGAAGUAAUAGUGUCCUCUAACACCAAAUACUCGCGUUUACACCCUUCACGUGACGCUGUAUACGUGUCCCAAAAUUCAACGAUAAGCCGGCGCCUUAGAGUGGAGAUGGUCAUGUUGGUUGAGUACUUUAGAAAAAAUAAGAAAAAAGCUUACAUUUUUUUCUCAUUUUUCCUAAAGUAGUUAUGAUGACCAUGUCCAUCCUACGGCGCGCCGCGUCGUUGAAUUUUGGGACACGUUGUUUAUUUGGUCGCCUUUAAUGAAGAAGAGUUGCGUUGCUAUUCAAAAUGGCCCAAUAAAGCAAUAGAUAGUAUAAACAGGCCUAGGAUUGAUCAUGUAAAGUCAUUCAUUUAAUGGAAAGCCACUUUUUCGUCGAAGGUCUAUUUAUUUCAUCGAUGUGCUAUUUCAACGAUGGGUCAUUUGACCAAAAAACAUUAGAACGACUACUAGUUCAUAUAAUCUGUAAUACCUAUUUUGGUGCUAGCUAGGGCUAGCAGACAGCGGUACUUUUACAUUUCGUAUAAAUAUAAUUAAAAUAGAACUUAUCUCUUAUUGAAAUAAGAACUUUGUGUUGCAUAAAAAUCUUGCCACGUACUUUAUUGUUAUAAUUUUUAGUACCUAACUACGAGUACUAUUCAUUUGAAAUAGGCGUUGUUGAAAAUAUUUUACCUAUACUGGAAAGAUAUUGGAAAUUAUGGACGUGGUCGCGCGCGAGCAAUUUGAUUUGAAAAUGCGUCAUGAAUACCUACCGUAAAAAACAGCGUCUUCAAUAGUUAGGAGGAACACAACAUCAUUAAAUAACGCAUCUUUACCGUAGAUGAAAUUAAUAAUUUAUUAACAGACAUCGUUACCUUCGGGAAAAUCCACAAUGAUGGCGAAUUUUCAGGGUAUUAUAUCCAGGGUAGAUUGUGUUAUGAAUGGAAGUCCAUUUCAAAUUAACUACAUAAAUGUAAGGUGGGAUUAGGAUAGACUUUUGGAUAUUAUAAAAAUGUUCGGGUUUGUGAAAAAAAGUAAUGCUAUUCUUAUAUUAAUUAGCAUCAUGCGGAUUGAUUAUAAUGUAGACAGACAGUCAGAUGGCGAGUGUUGGAGUGUGUUUUUGAGGUCAACGUUUACAAAGUGACGCGAAUUACUGUUGAAUCUGCCAUCUGCCAUACUGUUGAACCUGAAGAUGGGCAUAAUAUUUCUCUACACAUAACUCGGGUCUUUUAAAACUAUAAUUAAAAUUAAAUAUUUCAAUUUCUGCUUUUGAUAAUGCCUGCUUUUAUAAGGAAUUAACAAGAUAAUAAGGGAAAGCCGGUCGUUGUAUCAUGUUAUGAAUAUACUAUGUCUCGACUUCCAUGUCCUUGAGGAAUAUGUUAUUAAAGUAAUAUAUAAAAGUCGCAUCUAUAGCUAUCUAUACAAUCCCUGCAUAUUAUGAUUAAAUAAAACUAUCUUCAAAGGUAGGCACGUUAGAUAUCGUUGAGCAUUUUCGUUCGAUUUGCUCGGAAAAACGAGAGCACGAAAAUAUGGUGUAGUUUAAGGGACUUUCAGAGGACCGGAUAAUAUUAAGUUGAUUGCGAUAGAGAUGGCCGACCACGCGAUUGCUCACCAGAAACCUCAAACUAGGUUUUCAGAAAGGCCAAAAACUUAAAUCAGGCGGCUAGUAAAGUAAUUGUUAUAAUUGUGUAUGAUUAAUGAUGUGUAUCUUUUCAUCUAGAAAUAAAUGAAAUCCUGUUAAGGGUUUGCUAUGCAAAUCGAAACAUGUAUUUAAUAUUAAACGAUGUUAGUGUAUUUUCAUGGAUACUAAUAAAAUUAAAUGUUAAUUACUGUAAACAUUGUAUGAAUGUAAAGGUUGUGAAUUUAUUCAACAUCCAUUGUGUUACACGAUUGUUGUAAAUCAAUUCAAUAAUUGUAUUCUAUAUCUAUUGAUAUCUAUUGACGUGAAUGUGGAAUAAUUCAAGUAUAAUGAAAUGAUAUUUAACUUGUAUUUGAUGUCCAGAUUUUAAUACGAUAUUAAAUAAAAUAUCUAUUUGGGUAUGAGCAUUUAAGCUGCACGAGGGAUAAGAAUAUUCUGAUUGUAUGUUACAUUGAUAAUAUUUGAUGUAAUAAAAAAUAUAAAAUUUA